AUGCGCGUCACCAAACUCAUCCUUCGAGUGCUGCACCCCCAAUUCCCUCCCGGUGUCUCAUCCAGCGAUAGGCUAUGGUAUCCAGACGGCGAUGUUACGAAGAGUAUCAUGUACACCGAGCUCCUCACAAAGCUUGGCGGUACAAGUGUUCGUGAAGUGUUUAUGCUCCCCUACGUCUUCGAUGAGGUCUCAAGAGAGGGAUGGUUAAGCAUUGCCCCGACGAAGGGAAAAGUUAUGUCUGGCGUUUUCCAUCUAUUGAAGGAGUAUAACGCUAAAUUAUCGUCUAUCCAGUUCUCGGGAAUUACAGUCGACUACGAGGAGAUGAAGCAUGUCCCAACUGAGUAUGAUCUGUUCUGGGAUCCCCAAGGUGAAGCAGAUUUCAAGGACGGGACAAACUUCGAAGUUGGCGUUGCCAUCGGUUUUGAUCAAGUCGGGAGAUUCGAGGAGUGGCCUUGGGUCAAUAACUUGUAUCUGGAGAUGUAUGAUUUCUUCCGUCCUACUGCUUAUAUCAGUCAAACGGCCAAUUCGAGGUUCCUAUUGUACAAGAAUAAGGCUAGCAAGAUGGUCAACUAUGUGGUUAACGAGGCCGUCGACAAGGUCGUCCAGGCAGCUUAUGCGGACCAUCGAAGCCGCGCUCACCUUAUGUGGUCGUUGCAGCAUCAGGAUGAUGGAUGCGUGUACCCACUCAAUUCGGGGAAGUGCGGUUAUAACAACGAGUUUGGCUCUUGGAAUCCUGCACCCUUCAACGAGUUCCUUCAUCUCAUUAAGAGCAGACUACCCCAUAAGUCACAGGGAGUGUAUCACUAUGACUUCCUGCCGUAUUCAAUGAUCCCCGAAGAUAUGCACCAGUGUCUGAGUAAUGGUUGUUCCUAA